AUGGGUGCCGGCACCAUUAGGCCCAACCGGCUCAAAAUGGCUCCUGGCGCAUACGACCGAUUACCCGAAGAGCAUGAUGACUCCAUGUUUGCGCAACAAUAA